GCCUGUCCUUAUUAUAUCUCCUUUUCUUUCCUUUCUUUCUCAAGUUUUACAUGCCGGGAAGAGGUCCCAUAUCUCGAAAAAUGCAUUUUUAAAUUGUUAAAAUAUUCAGUUGAACCUUGUUAGUAUAUCAUCCAUACCCUUUUUGAGUUUCAUUGCUUUUGCUCUUGUUCUCUGCCUCCCUCUCCCUCUCUCUCUCUGUCCUCCCCUAGUAUCAAGUUCAACUUUCAAUAUAUUAUCCACACCUCCUGUCUGCACAAAUCCACAGUUUCAUCUUCUUAAGUGCCAAAUAAGCAACUUAAUUGUAACUCCGGUUUCCUUGGACCUCUUUCAACUUGGCUGCUGUUGUUAGUCAUUAUUACGUAUUUUCAACACUCUCUCUGGUGAAGGUUUCUUCUCUCACUCUCUCUCUUGCUAAAUACGGACAAACAAUUGUUGAAUAUAGUUGUAUACCAGGAGCCUAUUUUAUGGUUGUCUCUCUUUUUGUUUUUUUUAUUAUAAUAAAUUCCUCCCCCAUCAGUUGUCACUUUAAAAAUCUUGUUGAAUAGAAUUUCGGUUGGUGCACAUUAAUCACUUUAAUGUGUUUUUACUUCCAUGAAGUUUGGUUCACCUUCUUUUUUUCUAUGAGUGUGUGUAGUCCAAUGUUUCUUCCUACUUAAAUUUUCUCUUACUUUUCAAUUUUCAUGCAAUUGAUUUGAGGGGCAUCUUGGUGUGGUAUACAGAAAGGUGAGCAAAGAAAGACAAAGAGGGGCUGAAAAAGUGUAAGUGUUUUGUUAUGGACUGGAAUUUGAAAGCACUUUCUUGGGAUUUGAGUGAAGUGGAUCAGGCAAACUUACCCAACAUGGAAACAAUGGAAGGCUCAAGCAGAUAUGGAAUGUAUAGAACUAAGGGGGAAUUUUCUGUUGACUUGAAGCUUGGCCAGGUGGGGAAUUCUGGCACAGAAUCAGUGUUGACUAAGUCCAAAGAUGCUGUUGGAGUCUCCAAAAUGACAUCCUCAUCUACUUCAGGGUCAUCUAAGAGAGCUCGUGCCCUUAGCAACGGGACACAAACAGUGUCAUGCCUUGUGGAUGGGUGCCACGCUGAUCUCAGUAACUGCAGGGACUAUCAUAGGCGCCAUAAGGUCUGUGAAGUCCAUUCCAAGACUGCACAGGUCUCAAUUGGAGGCCAGAAACAAAGGUUCUGCCAGCAGUGUAGCAGGUUCCAUUCACUGGAGGAAUUUGAUGAGGGGAAAAGGAGCUGCAGGAAGCGGUUAGACGGGCACAACCGACGGAGAAGAAAGCCCCAACCAGAAUCUCUAACGCGCUCUGGUAGUUUUUUGUCGAAUUACCAAGGCACACAGUUGCUACCUUUCUCAAGUUCACAUGAGUACCCAUCCACAACUGUGGUGAAUCCUACUUGGGGUGGAGUUCUUACAACUUCUGGUGAUGUUAGGCUUCAUGGGCACAACCAACACCACCACCAGGUGCAUUUGGCUGAUAAACAGGACCUUUUUCUUGGAUCUUCUCCAGCCGGUUUCAAAGAAGGGAAGCAAUUGGCAUUCAUGCAAGGUGACCACACCCUCAACAACCGGAGCCCACAUCUUCCAGGUGCUUCCGUGGGCCAGGCCCAGAUGUUUCUUAGGACCAGCCUGUAUUCAGAAAGCGAUGGGCUGAGAUGCAAAAUGUUCUGUGAUAGCCUAACAAGUUCGAUCCAAGACAACAACACCUCUCGUGCUCUCUCUCUUCUGUCAUCACCACCACAACCGCUCAGUCCUGGAAAUGGAUUAAACCUGAUGGUGAACUCUCACUCGCCCCUUAUGCAACCCUUGGGCCUGAGCCUGCAUGAUAACAGCCUGGGCUCCGUGGACCCUGUUUUGGGCCCCAAUGAUUCUUCAUCAAUGUAUAACAUAGGUUCUAAUGGAUCUCAGGGGAAUGAGGCCCCUCCACUAUUUCCCUUUCAAUGGGAAUAGACUUUAUAAGGGGACUCGUCCUUUGGAUGUUGAUUCUUUCCCUCGUACUAUUUCAAUGUUCAAUUUAUCUUUUAAUGAAGGCAAUGAACCAUUAUCUAUCACGUUUAACAAAAUGGUGUGGAAAUUUUCAUGUCUUUAAAAGUGUUGCUGUGUACUAUCAAAAACUAUAUUCCCGUCACCUUUUUGUCUUUUUUUAUUCUUUGAAGCAGCACCACAUUUCAAUGAGAAA